CGCUUGAACGAACUGUCCGACCGGAAGUGAUUUUAUUUUCACACUUUUUGUUGACACUCAGUGAUGUAACACGGCUCUUAUGAUUUAAGACAAAUCACACAUUGAUGUACAAUCUUGUGAAAUACAACAGCUCCUAAAUCAUAACAAGAUGAGUCUGUGUGGACAUAGUGUAUCAUUUCCAGUGUACAGGCUAACACUAGUUAGCCGCUAUGAUGAUAUGACGACGAGGGAGAAGCUGCUCGAAGCAGUGAAAUGGUAUUGAAGGCGGUGAUGGUUGAGAGGACUCAACAUACAGCAGGUUGGAGCCAUGAGGGCAGGAAAAAGGACAGAGUGUGGUGAUGGAGGUGGUCUCUUCGAGGACCUGGACUUCCCCCCUGAUGACUCCUCUCUGUUCUCUGACAGCUCCACGCCCAUCUCCAGACUGCAGGGCCACAUCAUUUGGCUGCGUCCACAGGAGAUCUGCCAGUCACCAGUUGUAUUCCCUGACAACAUCCACCUGAGUCAUGCCAAGCAAGGCUUGCUGGGAGACUGUUGGUUUCUGUGCGCUUGCUCUGUGCUGCUCAAGAACAGACACCUUUUGGACAAGGUCUUUCCUCCCCACCAGCCUUUGUGGAGUGACAGCAAGUACAGAGGAUCUUUUCACUUUCACUUUUGGGAGAAAGGACACUGGACAGAGGUGACCAUCGAUGACCGCCUGCCUUGUGUUGAUUCGGCUCUCUGCUUCUCACGCUGCCACGCCCCCUCUGCCUUCUGGGUGGCUCUGCUGGAGAAGGCCUACGCCAAACACCACGGCUCAUAUGAGCAUCUGUGGGCCGGGCAGGUGUCUGAGGCCUUAGUGGACCUGACUGGGGGUCUUGCAGAGUGCUGGAGUUUGUCUCACUUUGGUUCAGAGGAGGAGGAGGAGGAGCAGCAGCAGCGCACACCAGAGGAGAACCACAAUCGGGCCACGAGGAAAAGGCUUAAACUGGACUUCAUAUAUACAUUGAGAGCGACUUGUGCACUCAGUUGCUCCACUCAAAGCAUCCCAGGAGGAGACAGCGUGCUGGGCCAGCACCAUGCCAUGGCUGUGAUGGAGUGGCUGGACGUGAAGACGCUCGCAGGAAGCCCAGUGCGACUCUUCAGGGUCAGAAACCCCUGGGGGAGAUGCUGCUGGGGAGGAGCCUGGACAGAGGGUGGUGCGGGAUGGCGGUCGCUCGAUUCAGCCGAUGCUCUGGACAUCCAAGCCAAAGCGGCACAGGGGGACUUCUGGUUGGAGGAGUCUGAAUUCCUGUCCCAGUUUGAUGAUGUCACAGUAGGCUACCCGAUCAAUGAGGAGGGACACCUGCAAAGUAUCUACACUGGAAACCCGCUGCCACACCGACACCACCUCGCUGGACGCUGGGUAAAGGGCCUCUCCUCCGGUGGGAGUCGAAACAGCAGCAGCUACGGCACCAACCCAAAGUUCUGGCUCAAGAUGUGCGAGAACGGCGAGGUUGUCGUAUCUCUGCUGCAGCACAGAAAGCCGAGACAACUUUCAGACGCGGCCCUCGAGGAUGACGCAAGGCGUCGGCGCUACCAGGCCAUUGCGCUACACAUGUGGAAGGUGGAAAAGAAACGUUUUAAUCUGAGCCGUACUUUGAACAAACCGCCAUGUGCUUCUACUCACUGCCACGCACACCAGAGGGAGGUGGUGCUCCACGAGCGACUGGAGCCCGGACACUACCUUAUGAUCCCCAGCACCUACCAGCCAGGAGCAGAGGCCCGCUUCCUCAUCAGGGUCUUCUCGUCCUCUACCUCAUCCGUCAGUGCCCUGAAGAGCCCAGCACCUCUCCUGCCAUUAACUACAGACGGAGAGUGGGAGACCAAUCACUUCCGGGGCUCGUGGGUGGAGGGAAGGUCUGCCGGAGGAAGCAGGAACUUCCCCUCCCACGCGCAGAACCCCUGCUUCCCAUUUACGGUUUGCGACGAGCCAAUUUUGCCGGGCCUCAACGUCAAGGUUAAUCUACACCAGAGCCGUACCGAAACUGAUCUGCUCCCCAUCGGCUUCCAUGUUUAUAAGAUACCGGCCGGGAAGCAAAGUCAUUCCAUCCCCAGUGAGGACCCCGUUGCCAGUUGUGUUCCCCACUGCUACACUCAGGAUGUCAGCUUGUCCUGCACUCUUCCGCUUGGAGCUUACCUCAUCGUACCAUCCACAUACCAGCCCAACUGCGCCGCAGACUUCACCAUCAGCCUUGCGCGGCGAAUACACAGGAGAGUCGUGAAAAGCCAAGAGAAGUUGGGAAGAGCCAUUCAGGAGAUGACCAACAAAGCACACGAUCAGAAGAUGGCAGCAGUGAAUAACGCAUUAAUAAUGUGUGUGUGUGUGUGUGUGUGUUUUUUUGGGCUGCAGGUGUCUCACAUCUCUAUGAUGCAAAGCUAGCCUUUAGCCUCGUGUUUGCUGCUUCACUGAGGUUGGCCGUAUGAUGAAAGGACUCCCCACUGAUAUUAAUGUGUGUGCACAUGUACGGCUACACAUGUACGGCUACACAUGUGCACUGUGACUUACUGGGAAUGUGUGAGUUGGGGGGGUAGCGGUGUGGGGGGUGGUGGCGCUCCCCUUCAUACCAAAAUGCUCAGGCUCAGCGCCAAUAGGCGGCGAGGCACUCAUUGGCCAUUAGGACAUCAGAGGGGUUGUCGGUGGGCUGGGCUGCUAAUGAACUAUGACGGGACUGGCUGGUGUAAACAAACAGCCGCCAUUGAAGAAAGCCGCCACCGCUGUUGCUCAUUCAGUCACUGAGGCGGCCGUCGGACCAGAACAAAGGCUCCUCUCAUGAAGGUCCUCACAGAAGCGCUGCGGGCAAGGGGUGAGGGGUUGGUCUGCAACGGCUGAGCCAACCAAACUGCACCGCGACACGACCGUGCCAUACCAAGCCGGAGUGGUCUACCAAUCCACCAGUGCCGGCCAUAUACACUCCAUAUUCAGCGUACACUGUGUGUGUGUCUGUGUGCGCGGCUGUGCUCAGAAUCACUCCCUAUCCGCUAUAUAGCGACUUGGGUAUUUUGUAGUGCUGUUGGAAUAUGUUGUGAGUACAAGUCAUCCCCUAUAAAAGUGACCUCAAUGUGUCCGACAGUGCAUUGUGAAAAGUUGUGUCCAACUGAUGGUCAGUUGAAAAGCAAUAUAUCCCAUGAUGCAUUGCGUCGAGACAGGAAAAGGCAGGGAUGGACAUAAAAUGCUUUGUAUGAAAUUAAUGCUGACAUUAAUCCAUUACCAUGUAAUUAUGCGAACCACAAUAACGUAAUUAACUGCGCAUCAAUGUAGUGUUUUGUUUUCAAACGGAUGACGAGUGGACUGUGUCGUUUUCGUCAUUUGAAAAGAUGCAGGUAUAACAUAACGUAAUAAAUUGUUAAACGGUUUGUGCAUCAUGAUAAUUGAGUGGGUAUUGUGUUGCUCACUCUCAUGUUUGCGCUUUGCCCACCAGGGAAAUGAUAAGACCUACAGACAUACUGUGCGUUGACACCGGUUUCUGACCAAAAGGCGUAAGCUUUUUGUGAAAAGAAACACGUCAAGCAGAGCAGUGACUAAAGCAAUGCAAAGGGAAUUUGGAAUGAGUGAAUGAUUCUGAACAUAGCUGCUGCAACCUAAUCGCAACAUAGUCCACUAUCUAAACAUCCCUAUGUAGUGACGCUUUCACCUAGUAAAUCAUCCACACAGCACAACAGCACACUUCCAGAUGUCUAUAUAUGGUUACCAAUGGCAUGACCAGCCUUCAGCUCCCUUUUCCGUCCCCCCUCGGACCACCACUCCGACCCGAACGGAGCCUCCGAAGUGGCGGCGAGAACAGAUGACGAGCAGCAGGAUGCGAGGGAUGAAACAAGGGAUGCGGCACAUCAGAGGAGGUCGGCCCGUGUGAAGAGGGUGCCAAUUGGUUUUGUGUUGAGGCCGUGCGCGUUUGGCAGCGGGUUUGCCUCUUGCUCAUCCACCAUAUCUGUCAUAGAAAGGCCUUCUGAUGAUUGACUCACUGGAUUACAGUGCCAAGCAGAAGGAUAAAAGAAGAAGAGUUGUGUUGUACUGUUUUGUUUUUUGAAGAUUUUGAUUUGAAAGAUCCAUGUGAAAAAUAAAAAGUUCAUGAGGAGUUGCGUGUAUGUUUUUCUGGCGCUGACUGCACACCUACCUCAUGUCAACAGAAUUAUUUCACUUGUGACAAUAAAGUGGUACGGAUAAUUGA